CGCUGAUCGAUGAUCCUCAUCAAAACUAUUCAUUUCAAUUUCAGUCCUCGCAUACAGGGACAGAUGCUUCGUUGCCUCGUCACCGGCACACCAGUGAAGACAUAACCGGGCCUAAUCAUGCGGGGCCAUCCAGAAGACCUGCUAUGGAGCUUUAACCCCCUCGGCCAUCUCUACGCAGUAAGCUAUCUACAGCAUUCACAGCAAGACCUCACUUGCCACCGGUAUCGCAACCCUAUCACUCCUGUGCAGAUUUAGAGCUUCUCGCCGAGAAAGCCCAAGGACGCUUUGAAUGCAACUAUUUCCUUUAGUCUACUUAUCAUCAGGGCCCGUAGGCCAGCUCUGCUGAUACCUGUGAGCCUUUGGACAGAUUGAUCCUGACAUUGGACCGAUGAGCGCGGGCAGGCGCUUUAGUGUCCCAUAAAUUGUUGUGCACCUGGCUCGUAAAAACAAACACAUCGGCGUCAACGCCCCCAACCUCCCUUCAUGAGCAAUUGUACUCACCUCCAGACCUUUUCGACAGAUGCACCUUCCUCUCCUUUAGCAUCUAGCAUUCGUUGGUCGCCUAACAAGCUUCGGCAAAAGAGCAUAGCGGCCAUGCAUAACCUUUCAGCUCGGGUUAUCAGGAGAACUAAGUCGGCACUUCUUGACGUCCCACAGCGUUCUGUAUUUUCAACCAAAGAAUCUACAUCUAGCACAAGCGAUCAUCGUAUUCAACGUAUCUUUCGUGCUCGCUCGCUCCCGAAUCUACGGCCAGAUGCCACAGUAACCACCUUGUCUUCACGAGUGACUCCAGGUGGAACAGGGCCAAUGACGUUUCCCGAGCGCCCAGCAGAAAACAUAGCACCGUGUCCACAUUUGAUUCACGGAGUACAGGUGGCAUUGAGUGUCGAUCGCCGGUCGUCGAACUCGUCGUCUCUGGCAAUGCCUAAUCGGGACUAUAACGUUGGUAUGCGGAGCUCAGAAGGCAGAGAAAGCAAGUGUGCGAUGCACCCUGAUGACAAUGGGGUGAACUUUCUAUCGGAAACGGCCAAAAGGCCACCUUCACAGAACGACUGGCAAUUGGAUCCCGAGGAUGAUGGCGACGAUGACUUCUGGGCCUCAAUUAGUGAAGCUGGUGAUGAAAGCAGCAUCAGACAGAAAGUACCCGCAAGUAGCGAAGCAAUUUACGAAUUACUCAACCAUGUAGAAGCGUGUCAAGAUGAUACCGAGAGAGUGCUGUCAGACCUUGACAUGGAUCCCAUUAGUUCCCGCUCACCAUGCGCAGAACUUCGCGUUCAGUCUCGAGUCAACCAUGGUGACAGCCCGUAUUCAUGCUAUCCAAACUCUCGCAUUGUCCACUCCGGGUCAACUCUUUCCACCAGCUGUGUCCCUGAGAGCUGCAGAUUCAUCCAUACACAGUUUGAAGACGCUCAUCUUUCCGAAACUUCGCGCUUGCCGUCGCUACCAAAUUCAGCAAGGAGUAUACACCCUCUAGAUCGUGAGAAUGAAAGCUUUUUGAGAAGGAACGAUCCGAUAUUUCUCUACUUUUUUGUCUAUAUUCCAAUGGCCUCUCGUCAUGCAGCGCGUCCUCGGGUACCUCUGAAUCGACAUCCUGUCCGACAAACUCUCGCAGACUCGUUCACUUUUGACAUCCUGGACGUUCUGUCAACCGCCGAAGACAGAACCGUGCUACUCGACGAGUUCCCGCCUUUCUCAUGGUCUGAGUUUUUCAGCCUGGAUAAAACUGAUCAGAAGGUCCCGCCAUUCCCUGAAGAUCGCUACUCCUCUGUCUUCGCUGAUCAACUAGGAGCCUUGCCUGUGUCAGCACUGCGACAUCCAUUGGGUUCAAGCAAAUUCGCUAUGGAGCAUGAUGAUGACAGUCUCCCCUUUCUCGUUACGAUACCCACCGGACCGCGUAUGAAACUGGUGGCGAAAGAGAGGAUGCUUUUGCAGGCUUGGUUGAACUGCACUUCUUCCAAAUGGGCCCCGCUACAGGCCCCUUGGGCGGGUGCACCUGCAACUACCUUUCCCUCUGGACAAAGACAUCCUGAUGGCAGGACGCGCAUCCCUCAGAGAGUACAAUCGCCACGAAUCCAAGCAGACACGGAUAGCUCUCCGACUUCUGAAACAACGGACGAAACCGCUCGCUCAAGCCCAAUUAUAGAUGCUCUUCGACGGAGACAGGCGAAAGCAGCUACUAGAGAGGUACCUGUACUCGGCAGAGAUCACUUUGAGCGGUUGGCUAGUGCUCAAGCUGGACCGAAACUUCCUAUUGGGCCUUCUCGGAUUGCCCGGCCAGUGCGCCGGCUUCAGUCUCAGACGGCUGCUCGAGCCGCAGCUACCACUUCUAGGCGCUCUGGCUUAGUUGUUCACGGAAUACCCACCCAUCCGUCUAGGGACGUUGGCUCCAGUUUUGGCGACUACAUUAUCACGCACAAGCUUUCUCGCACUUCUCCGUCUACUCUGUCGUCAAAGAUCACCAGGUCUUCUAUGACCAUGAGUUUGAAACGCAAUGGUAUGAUUGCCAGCACAACUCGGUGCACUGCCUCUUCGGGCUUGGGCCCGACUUCGGCUUCAAACGAUGGGGGUUCUCUGCCCGAUGGUGAGGGGUCUUCGAAGUUUGAUAUAAAUCACGACCCCUGGGCUUUUAUCCGCGAUAUUGAUGCGACUCAAUCGCGCUCCAGCGAACAUGGCUCCAGGACUCGCUAUGUCGCCAGUUCUAUCAGAAGGUCAUCUGGAGACUAUGUUCUCAAUGGCGUGCCCACAUCGGUUACCCCCAAAGGAAUCUUGAAGAAAUCCAAAUAUGUCAGAUUUGAGGGAGUCGCACAAAGGACUAUUGAAGGACCCGUGGAGGAUUUCUAUUUCUCUGCCGACGUUAGAACGCCAUCACCGUUUCCUCGCAGCUCAACUCAUGCCGGAAACCUUUCCUCUCUCGGUCUAGACAUGGACGCCGAGUCGCAUAUUGACCAUAUUUCUGAGUCUGGCCACGAUACUGGUGUCUCAUGGAAUGCGUCCAUCCAACAAGAUGACGAGGAAGGGCCAAUAGAUGGAUUGUCUUUCGCAUCACUAGAGUCUGAGACGAAUGCAGUAGGAUGUUCGGUUAACUUGCGUGUCCUUCCCUUAAGGGUAAACAAGAAGCCAAAACCUUCUCCCGUGAUGGACACCGUUUUGGAUAUCCGUCCUCAGAAUGGCGACUACAAUAAGGAAAACAAUGUCAACGAAGCUCACGUCACGCCUCAGCAACCCACUCCCCAGGCAGACGAGAGUCCAGGGAAAAAAUCGUCCCGAAGAUCUCGCAUGCGAUGGGCAUCCUUUGACGCCAGUGAAUCGACGAGGAAAUCAUCUGGCAGUAGCAGUGGCGGGCUACCCAAGAAGAUGAGUUUGACGCCCUUACGGAACAUCUUCAAGUUGAAAGCCACAUAGGUAUAGCUUGUAACGCGUUCGUUUCAGACCACAACCUAUAUCUUCAUCCAUUCUUUACGCUUUAUGGACCUUAAUAACAGUGCCAAUCUCUUCCUUACAUUCCUCGCGUAAAGUGUUCAAGUCGCCUAAAUAAUACACGGUGC